AUGUUCUUGAGCACCAACUCCACAUCCUCAAAGAUUCCAAGAGCCCUCAUUGGUCAUCAUGUGGGUACUUGGUCUCACAAAGUCCAUGGAGAAGAGAGCAUUGUAGUGCUCUUGGUACAUGGGGAGCUCAUCCUCCUCUUCUUGUGGCUCAGCCUCCUCCAUGGCUCAUCUUGGUUACUCUCAUGCCACUUUCAUCAACCUCUGAUUACCUCCUCUCCUUCUUCUUCACUUCAGAUCAUCACCUUUCUCUUCCAAGUUCACCCCAAUCUCAAACUCUCCUUGCUCACUCUCACUACUAAUGGGGUCAUUCCUCUUCUUGGUCCUCCUUUCUUCCCUCAAUCUCUCACUCUCAGACUCCUCAGAGUACAUAUCCCUCUGCAUCAGACUUCCAUCCUCUGA